AUGAUACUCUGUUUGCUGGAAGUCAUUGGGUUUUCCAGCAGGAUUCUGAUCCACCUCGCAAGACCAGGUCAACUCAGCAGUGGCUGCAAAAGAACAUUCCAGCGAUCAUUUCUGCCUUGGAUUGCGCCUGAGGGAAGCCCUGAUCUCAACCCACUAGAUUGUCGGCUUUGGUCCGAACUGAGAAGAUGGGAUGCCACAGAGCAAACCCUGACUUGCAAAGCCUCAAACAAUCUCUUGUCCGAGUUGAGCGUUUUCCUCAAGAAGUGCUGCGUGAUGCAAUCGAAGAUUGGCCACGGAGAUUAUAUAUUUAUAUAAUCUGUAUAUAUUUCCUUGUAACAAUAUUUACGACAGGACUGGUAUAGGUAAGUGAAAUUAAUAAAAUACUGACCAUUGUAUGUCCUCCGUGUGGCCGACGUAGUGACGCUGGGCCUCUUCGUCUCGAUCGUAGAGGACAGCGAUAGCAGCGACGUAGUAGAGCAGCUCUCCUGUCGGCAGGACCCACAAGUUCCUUCGGGAGUCAGUUCCUCGAUAUCCAUAUCUAUCGUAAAGUAA